CAAGCAGGAAUAUCUCAGAAGGACAUCUAAUGUUAUCUCCGGAUUGUGACAUAAAAGAUAAUGACAGUAGACAGGAUUCUCCAGGAGAUAACCCCAUUACCCCAAUUAUACAUCCAGCUCUAUCAGCUGAUCCCCCUGAUCCUGGGAAAUGUUCUCCUGAUCACUCUGAUAUUGGUGCAUCUAUUACAGCUCUGAGAGUAGAUACAGUGUUUCUCUGUUCUAUAGAUACCAAAUGUUUUACACAGAACACAAACCUUAUUACUCAUCAGCCAGCUAAAGCAGAUGAGAGGCCAUUUCCAUGUUCUGAGUGUGGGAAAUGUUUUACAUAUAAAUCAAAUCUUGUUAGACAUCAGAGAAGUCACACAGGUGAGAAGCCGUAUUCCUGUCCUGAGUGUAGGAAAUGUUUUGCAUACAAAUCACAUGUUGUUAUUCAUCAGCAUGCUCACACAGGUGAAUGGCCAUUUUUCUGUUCUGAGUGUGGAAAACGUUUUACAUAUAAAUCAAAACUUGUUACACAUCAAAGAAGUCACACAGGUGAGAAGCCGUAUUCCUGUUCUGAGUGUAGGAAAUGUUUUGCACGGAAAUCAGAUCUUGUUACACAUCACAGAAGUCACACUGGUGAGAAACCGUAUUCCUGUUCUGAGUGUGGGAAAUGUUUUGCAUCUAAAUCAGAACUUGCUAAACAUCAGAGAAGUCACACAGGUGAAAAGCCGAAUUCCUGUUCUGAGUGUGGGAAAUGUUUUGCAUCAAAAUCAAAUCUUGUUAAACAUCAGAGAAGUCACACAGGUGAGAAGCCGUAUUCCUGUUCUGAGUGUGGGAAAUGUUUUACAUAUAAAUCAAAUCUUGUUAAACAUCAGAGAAGUCACACAGGUGAGAAGCCGUAUUCCUGUUCUGAGUGUGGGAAAUGUUUUGCACGGAAAUCAGAUCUUGUUAUACAUCAGAGAAGUCACACAGGUGAGAAGCCAUUUCCAUGUUCUGAGUGUGGGAAAUGUUUCGCUCAGAAACAAGCUCUUGUUGUACAUCGGAGUAGUCACACAGGUGAGAAGCCAUUUCCGUGUUCUGAGUGUAGGAAAUGUUUUUCAUUGAAAGCAAAUCUUGUUAGACAUCAGAGAAGUUACACAGGUGAGAAGCCGUAUUCCUGUUCUGAGUGUGGGAAAUGUUUUGCAUAUAAAUCACAUUUUGUUAGUCAUCAGAGAAGUCACACAGGUAAGAAGCCAUAUUCCUGUUCUGAGUGU